UUCGGCUCUCCGUAGCACAACAGGAAGUAGCAUAGCGCGGGUUGCGUCUGAAUCCUAUUUCGCGGGAGAAACACUAACAUUAACAACAGGCUGUCUGCUGUCAACACGGACUGUAAAAGUUACUAAAUUCAUACCGCGAUGAGUUUGUGGGUGGACAAAUAUCGACCGACUUCCCUCGGAAAACUCGAUUAUCAUAAAGAACAAGCGACUCAGCUGAAAAACCUGGUACAAUGUGGGGACUUCCCUCACCUGCUGGUGUACGGUCCAUCAGGUGCGGGGAAGAAGACCCGCAUCAUGUGUCUGCUGAGGGAGCUGUAUGGAGCUGGAGUGGAGAAGCUCCGCAUAGAGCACCAGACCAUCGUGGCUCCCUCAAAGAAGAAAAUUGAGAUUAACACAAUAGCCAGUAACUACCACUUGGAAGUCAACCCAAGUGAUGCUGGCAACCAGGACCGUGUGGUGAUCCAAGAGCUGAUAAAAACUGUGGCUCAGUCUCAGCAGAUCCAAUCAAGCACCCAGAGAGACUUCAAAGUGGUGUUACUAACGGAGGUGGACAGACUCACGAAGGAUGCCCAGCAUGCUUUGCGCCGGACUAUGGAAAAGUACAUGUCCACCUGCCGCCUCAUCCUCUGCUCUACCUCCACGUCCAAAGUCAUUGGGCCCAUUCAGAGCCGUUGUCUGGCUAUCAGAGUUCCUCUGCCGAGCACAGAAGAGGUCUGCAAUGUUCUGACGUCAAUCUGUAAAAAAGAGGGUCUGCUCCUUCCACCUGAGCUGGCUAAGCAAAUCAGCGAGAAGUCUGGUCGCAACCUCCGCAAAGCGCUUUUGAUGUGUGAGGCCUGUAGAGUGCAGCAGUAUCCAUUCUCGGCAGACCAAGACGUCCCGGAGACGGACUGGGAGGUCUACCUCAGAGAAACAGCUAAUGCCAUCGUCAGCCAGCAGAGCCCUCAGAGGUUGUUGGAGGUUCGAGCCCGGCUGUACGAGCUGCUGACUCACUGCAUCCCUCCUGACGUCAUUAUGAAGGGUCUGGUAACAGAGCUGUUAAAUAACUGCGAUGGUCAGCUGAAGACAGAGGUGGCUCACAUGGCAGCUUAUUACGAACACAGACUGCAGCUGGGCAACAAAGCUAUCUACCACCUGGAGGCCUUCACUGCCAAGUUCAUGGCCAUCUACAAGAAGUUCAUGGAAGACGGUCUGGAUGCCAUGAUGUUUUGAAUCUGAAUGGACUUAAAUACUUUUCUCGACAGGAGUUCUACAGCCAUUGUUGAAUUCCUGACAUCUUGCUCUAAAGCCUCAACAAGACUUUGACUGGACUUGAUACAGAUUUACGUUUGUAUUCUGUAAAGCAUAGCCAUGGCAUUGACAUAAAUCAGCUCAGAUUGAUUCUUGAUAGUCUAGUUUGGGGCUUUAUGCCAUGGAUUGUUAACCUAAACAUCAGCAUUGUACACAAAUUGUUCACCACCUCGAACUGUUGCCGAAGUUUUGUAAAAUAACCCAAAUAGUAGUGGCAAUGACAAGUAAAGUUUUCCUAAAAAUCUGCAUCAAAGCAUGACAAUAAAUUUCUUUGUUUACAUGUUAACAAUCUGGUGUUGCUCUGUGGAUUUGACCAAAUAUGGAUUAACACAUUCCUUAUCACUGAUCAAUAUUUAUGUUGGGUACUUGACGCAGCCUACGAUGCUGUCUGAUGUUGGUUAAAGAUUCCAGUGAUUGAGACAGACUGGAAACAUGAGGAGAGGGUGAGACGGAUUCAUGCAAUUUCAACUUUCCAGGCUGAAUUGAACCAGCAACAUUGCAAGUGUCUUUGUAAUUCUGAGAUCUAAUACACCUUUUGGCAAAUGUAUUGUUGAGUACUAAGAACACAAUCAUUAUUUUACAAAACUGCACAAACGAGUGUAUAUAACGCAUUAAUGGACACACAACCCAUUAAGGCGGGUACAAACCUAUAAUUUCAUCUGUUAAUUGUACUAUCCAGAGAUUUAACUUCUUAUUGAAUUUUAUGGAAACGUUUUUGCUAGAGUGCAAGAGGAAUCAAAAAAAUGGAAAUGCCUGAUGGGUGAUCCUUGACUUUCCGAACGGCAUAUUGUGAUUGUGGAACUAAUGAAGCUUGGUGCCUUACAGGUUUUGUAACAACUUUACACCAACUUUGCAUAACAUUUAAUAACAGUUGUAACACCUAAAAUAAUAAGUAAGUAUUAUAAUUUAAGGUUGUAACGUAAAAUUGUGGCUGAACUCUACACUGCUCAACAUUGGGUCUCAUUCACCAAACAUUCUUGAGAAGAAAUUAAUACUUAUAACACUUUAAAACCCACAUUGUUUUUUAGGAAUUGUUUCCAGGUAACAACAGAACUAACAUGUUCGCACAAAAUAAUCGGCUAUUGUUUUUGACUCAAAUCUAGUUAUACAAUUAACAGGAUUUAAAUUAUUUAUAGUUUUAGCAAUGAUUUUCAUUAUUUUACAAAGCACUGUGGUCUUUUUAAAUAAAUUAAAUAUAUUAUACUAUAACUACAGGUCACAUUGAUUAUAUUAAUUGGGAACCAUGUCAUCUAAAAAUAAGC